AAAACCUCCGAGUUUAGUAAAAAGAAGGAAAAAAAAAAACAAAACCUCCGAGAGAAACUGUGAAAAACCCUGAUCAAAAGAGAGAUGGGGCACACAAGCAAAGACCUUCUGCACUUGGAGCACAAAAAUCCCUCCACCUCACCAUUAGAGUCCACUCUCCUUGUUUGCAGAAAAGACAUAGCCCCUCUACCCCAGAAAUCCAUUCCUGAUGGAAACCCCAUCACUGCCCCUGUUCCCAAAAGCCAAGUUUUGGGAAAAAUUAAAGACUUUUUAGGAGUGAUAUCAGAAGCUAAUGAGAGGCUUCAGCAUGAUGCAAAGGAAAAUUCUGAGAGCUAUGAUAUUGAAUCGCUCACUGGAAAUGAAACUGAAAUCAUUGAAAUGGAUUUGAUGCUUGGUAUUGCUGAUCUUCAUACCCCUGAGGCUGUUGCUGCAGCUGAAUCUGCAAUUGCUGGUUAUCAGCCUUUGAAUCCAUUGGCUGCUAGUAGUAGCGGAACAGAUUCAGAUGAUAGCAGUGAUAAUGAUAGUGAUGAUGACAAUGAUGAUGAUGAUGAUGAUGAUGAAAAUGACAAUGAUGAUGGUAAUGACACAUGCUUGCCUUUGAAACUCGAAAGAUCAAAGUCUGGCCAAGGCAAUUCUUUGAGUGAAGAUGUCAAUCCAUCAAAAAAGCGACAGAAGAUUGUUGAGCUGUCAUGAGAACUUUUUCUGGUGAGCAAAGUUGGAUUCUGGAAUUAUUGUUGUGAGGUGUAUUUGUUCGAAAUGAAUAUUUAGAAAACUGUCAAAUUAUGGUAAUGGUUGCAACAAGAAUCGAAGUCUUGACUAGGGAAGGAAAACAAUGAAUGAAUGAUAUUAGAAAUGUUUAGAAUUCAAUUACUCCAUUGUGUAGCAAAAUGAUUGAAAUAGGAAAGUCAUGUGGAGGGAUUUUUCUUAUGGACUCAUAUUAUAGGUUUUAGACAAGGCAUUUGAUGAAGAAAGUGUGCCAUGGGUAGUUUGUCUA